AAAUGUCGGAGUCGGAAAUCGGCAAUCGGCAUAUCCACAGGCUACCAGUAUAAUUUAUUAUUGUUUAUUUUCUUGAAUUAUAUUUGAGACAAAUGUGUAAUCUAGAAAUGCAUUUCAUAUACAUGUUUUCACAAUUCGCAUUCAGUUUAAGAACCGGUAUCUAAGUUCUAAUACUGAAAUACUACAGAAAUACUGAGGAAUUUGUUAAGAUGUGAUUUUAUCUUAAUUUGGCUCUUUGCCAUUCUUGAAUAGUAUAAAUAAUGAUCAAAAUGUUUUGGUUCGUUGUGUGGUUUUUAAUUCUUGGAAAGUCGUCAGGAUUUUGUCCUUCGCUUUGUGUAUGUAAGGGAGGCAAGUCUGGUGAUGGAGCCUUGGAGUCAAAUCUUGAAGAACCCCUAAAAAUAAGAUGUGGUGGUAAUCCAGCUCCGAUUACUGAACUCAAGGAAAUAAAUUUGAACAAGUUAUUGAUGCUGGUUGUGAGCUUGAACUUGUCCGGAAAUGCUAUUUCAACCUUAUCAAGAGACCUUAAUUUACCAAAGCUACAGAAGUUAGAUCUCAGCCAUAAUCAAAUAAAUUUAAUAGAAUCAGAUGCUUUCUACAAUGUGACAAUGUUACAAAGGCUGGAUCUAUCACACAACCAGAUCAGUAAUGUGUACAAGGAAAUGUUCAAUGGCUUGAUUAAUCUCGAAAGGCUCAACUUAUCACACAAUCAUAUUUCCCAACUGAGUAUGGGCACAUUCAAUUAUCUCAUUGGAUUAAAGCAGCUGGAUAUAACUGAAAACCCCCUAAUAUGUGACUGUGAGAUGUUAUGGGUUGGAGAUUGGUCACAUAAUACAAGCGUGAGACUUUUUGGAGGACCUAAAUGUGCAUUUCCUGACAACAUGGUUGACAAACCUGUCAGGCGACUCAAAAUAUUUAUCGAUCUCUCUGCUUGUGGUAGUGUUCUACCAGCAAGUAGUUUAGUUAUCAAACCACCACACGAUCAAGUUGUAUUUGAGGGUGAUACAUUAACAAUAACAUGCAGUGCACCAUUCGCUUCAGUGAUUGGCAAAUAUGAACUAAAAUGGACUCACUCUGUGACAGAUGUAUGUAGUGAUGUGAAUGCAACAAGCACAGAUAUGCAGGAAGAUGGCUUAGCUGAAACAGCUGUGUAUUUUCCGUCUCUUUCAAGUCAUCAUGCUGGCAAUUGGACAUGUUCCUAUCGGGAUCAGAAUCAUAUUAAACAUAACCACACAUUACAAAUUGUUGUUCUAUCAAAUUCAACACAAUACUGUCCCACAAGUUCUCUUGUUAACAAUAAAGGUUUAUAUUCAUGGCCACAGCUGUUAUUGAACCAUACAGCAUCUGUGCCGUGUGAGAGUGGAAAUGGAAUGGCUUAUAGAUUUUGCAAAAGUAAUUCAACUUGGGACAUUAUGAAUACAACAGAAUGUUCAUACAUAAGUAAUAUAACUAAAUUGCUCCAACAGUUUGCUCUGUUGAAUGUGAGUUUGGUACAAUAUUCGGCGAUCAAUGCUUCUGAAAGAUUGGCGAUGCUGAUACAAGAGAAAACAUAUCCUCUGGCGGAGUUUUCUGAUCCAGAUGAUGUUAUGUUUGUUGCAGCAGCUAUUCGAAAUUAUAUGCAAUAUAUUUCAGAAGAGAAAGAAUUGGGAACAAGCCUACUUGAUGUGAUAGAGGCGGCCAUGAACAUUUCGAAGGAUGUUAUGACACAGGCAGAGAAGUUGUAUGGAUCUUGUACGGACAUGGUGGUGUCAGCAGAGGAUAUAUCUGCAUAUACUGCGAAUGUUCAAGGACAUAAGAAAAAGUUGGCAGUAGAAAGGUUCCCGGCUCGAGAAGGUUUCAGCGGCGUGACUUGUGUUUGGUACAGUACGGGGGACGCCGAGCGGAGACUUCACUGCUCCACUACUAACCGGACCGUGGCUCUGCUCACCGUCACCGACGCGCUCAUACACGCCAGUGUACAGAUACCCCAAUCUCUGUUGUACAGCACAACAGAAUCUGGUCUAUUGCUGCAGAGCAAACCGCAGGAGUUGGUGGUGUCAUUCUAUGAGGAUGCUUCGUUGUUCCCAUUACUGCCGGAUAUUGACGACGGGCACGUCAGAGGACAUCGAUCGAAGGACUACUACGGAAGAAGCACGAAGCGUGAGGAUAUCAACAUGGAGAUCACCUCGCCUGUUGUUGGCUUUCAACUUGACAAGUCGCUAGUUCACGGCGAGCUCAUAGAGCCGAUCAUAGUGACGUUGCGGGUGCACAGUGGGGUCAGCGGCGCGGGGGGAGCGGGGGUGGACGCACGCGCCGCGCUUUGGACGCGGGCCGCGCGGCGCUGGAGGGACAACACUACAGACUGCCGAAUAACUCACGUGGUGUCAGAUAUGAUAAUAAUAAGCUGCACACGGCUGGCUUACGUGGGCCUGCUGCAGAACGUUGAAACGGGCAUAUAUGGGGCUCGUACUGACGGCGCGAGAUUCAAGGUAUCUCAUCCCGCCGUGUAUGUGGGCAGCCUUAUACUAAUUGGCUGUGUUAGCUGUGCAACACUCACCUACAUCAUGUGUUAUCCAGCUAUUCAAAUGGCAAAGAAGACGAAGCAUGCUCUCAUUAACACCUGGAUUGCCAUUGGUCUUCUAUGCUUCCUUUACACCCUAGGCAUUUAUCAAACUGAAGAUGUCAAACUUUGCCAAAUACUAGGUCUACUUAUCCAUUACCUGUCUAUGUGUUGUCUUCUGUGGAUGUGUGUCUCAGCCAGUAAUAUGUAUAAAUGGGUCAUGAAGACCCACAAUCCUGUAAGGACCCCAGACGACGAAUUACCUCCGGAUGUUCCGAUACAGAAACCAAUCCUCGGCUUGUAUCUGGUUGGGUGGGGCAUCGCGUUAAUAGUCUGCGGAAUUUCGGGGGCUGUAAAUUUGAAGGACUACGCCGGGUAUUCCCAAUGUUUUCUGAGCACGGCGCCCGCUUUGAGCGCUCUUUUUAUCCCCGGAGCUAUCUUGCUCCUGUUCUUAUCGAUAAUAUUCCUCCUCAUUCGGUGCACGAUACGCAAUAUGAACGUGCAGUUGUCGGAAGGCACUCAGGCGACUGAAAAUGUUGAUUUAGAGAUGUGGGAGCCUGCCCAGCCGAGUGACGCAGAAAGACGCAGUAUUAAAUCUGCAGUUGACUCCGAAAUAGUUGACAUGGAGCACACUCCUAUCAUACAACUGCGUGCUCAAGUGAUAGUACUCUGUUUGUAUUUAUCUGUAUGGACAUGCGGUGCCGUAGCUGUGUAUAGACCACUUCCUGCGUAUUUGCCCUACCAAGAGGACAUAUGCAGUAUUGUGUACGCUGUUUGCGCAACGAUUCUCGGCACUUUUAUACUGUUCUUUUAUGGCAUUGCCCGCAGUGAUGUCAGAACGCAAUGGUCCAUGAUGACGUGCUACUUUCAGCACAGAAAACCUUGUUGCAGAAACAGAAGCGUUUAUGAUACGAAUCAAACAACUCAGAAUCCAAUAUCUAAUUUACCAGCGCCUCAGAUUCCGGGCGAUAACAGAUCUAGAACGGACAGUAGGAACUCAAAUAGGACUAAUUCGAAGACCAACAACAGUGGGACGUAUAAAGCGGGUGCCGAACUGAACGGACAAACCUUGCAUAAAGACGGGGCAAAAAGUCUUAAUGGAAAGACUCCCAAUAUUAAUUUAGUCGUGCUACACAGACAGCAAUACAGAUCGAACAAUACCAUGAUGACAUACCCUGAAAGUAAUGUUCCGGAAAUGUUCUACAAUCCAAAUCAAAUAAAUGUUGCCAAAAGAUUUUUUAAGAAGCAAAGACAAAACAUGAAGAGAAAUUGUUUAGAAUUACCUCUGAGAAGAGACUGUGAUGAAGAUUCGCAUAUCUCCUUACCUUUGCCGAAGAAGGAAGCGUACAACGGUAUCGCAAACUUAAUAAAUUCUGGGGCCAAAGUUAACAACACUAAUAUACACGUAGAUAAAAAUAAUGCUGGUUUGAAGGAAAGUCACAAUAAUCUCAACCCGAAUUUACUAGUAGAAGAUCCGAAAGAAUUCAAAAGUUAUUCUGUCGACCGAAAAUCGUGGAAUAAAAAUGAUGACCCCAAGACAAACAGAGGACAGAUAAUUAAUAUUUACACAAAUGUUCCUGAAACUCAAGUACCACAACACCAGGUUGUGAAAUCAACCGUACCGAAAAAUAAAGGUCAAAGAAAUAGUGUCUCCGAAGAAUGUUUGCAAAGUCAUGCGAGUGAUCAACCAGAAAUGAGAACUAUAUCACAACAGUGUAGCUUAGAAUACAGCUCGGCAUCAGAAAUGGCCAUGCCUCACACUUGUUCCGAUCAAACCAUAAACACUCAUUCGGAAAUGACGUCGUUACAAGAAACACACAGUGCCUUAUGUUCAACAAACGAAAUCACUGACACAGAAAGUUUUGGACAGUACAUAGACUAUCUACAGCCGAAUAAAGUUCAGGAGAAAGAUAUGGUUGAUAAGUCCCUGCAAGACAUAUCUGAAGAAUGUACAAUGAAUAGUGAUGAUAACAAUCGUUCGACGACGCCUCAUUUGGAUGAUGCUGAAGGUUUCGGGGAAAUGGAUAAUUUACUGCAAAAUACAGAUAGCUGUCUUGCAGUAUCAAAAGAAAAACUUGAUGAUGUAGACGGAGGGAAAGAGGAAUACUUCAUGGCGAAAACCCCGUUUGAUUUGGAGACUAGUAGUAUGAAUGCUAGUGAACAAGGCUUCGAGAAUGAAAGCGACAUAUACUGUCCGAACUAUCAAAUGUCGGAAGUCAGCAUCCGAAGUCACGGGCUAUACGCGCCUUCUCCAUCGUCUAUGUGUCCAAACGAGAUCAGUUUUAGCACCGAAGACGUUUCCACGAUAGAAAGUCAGUACGUAAAUUACGACCCGGGCUGGCGGAAAUCGAUGAAGAACAAUCCGAAAUUGGGGAAGUACGUUCCGACGCCUGCGUUGAGUUGUCCGGAAGUCAACUGUGAAAGUCCAGUGUCGUUUUCAAGUGAUUUGGAUGAACUUUAUACACAAAUAACAAGUAGGGACAAGGAUCGGUUACCGCGCAGAGACCACGGGCUAGAUGUGACAAUGAAUAGUGACGUCACACUCAAACCUGACAGUGACAGUUGUGUGAGCGAAGCGUUAUCGGACAUUGAACGUAAAGGUGAAACUACUGUUUAGAUUGAACAUAGUAUUUGUCUCCUUUCAUAAGAGCUAUUGUCGAAUAUAUACAAAAUAGGUCUUGAAAGUGAUAGACAAGGUGUGUAAAGAAUUUUGAAUAGUGUUAUUUCUUGUAACCAUAAUUUUUUGGUCAUUUAUAAAGUUUAUGGAGGACCCUAUUUUAUGGAUUGAAUCGACACUGCCAGUUAGAUAAUAAUAAAUAACAAUUUUACUUAAUAAUUCAUUUGGAAUGUUUCUUUAUUGUUUUUAUUUUGUACAAAAGCAAUGAUAAAUGUAAAAAUAAUUAGGUGCCUUUGUAUGUAAUGUUAUUUAUUUGUAAGCAAACUUUGAUUGUCAAUACUCUCUAGUUUAUUAGCAUGGUUUUUUCCAUAAUUUCUUACAUAACAGUAGGGACAUAAGAUUAUAUUUUUUCUUGUAAUUUAAUUUAAAUUAAUGUGGGCUCGGACAAACGGAUAUUUAUAGUAAAAUGUCAUUAUAAAAUUGUUGUUAUUCAAGAGUAUUGGCCAAUCUUUCAGCUUUUCAAAAUUAAAUUAAUGAACUUAAUGUAAUAUAAUGUAUAGAUGAUGUGCCAAAUCUUUAUUGGAAUGUUAUUAGCGAUAAUUAUUAUGAUCGUAAGUAUUAAGAACAAACUCUACUGUUUUAAAUUUUAUUCUCAUGGACUGACAGCCCGCCUUUAUCUAGUCUUCUAAACUUCUGAAAUAUUUUUAAUACCUCUCACUAGUGUAGACGCUAAGAGUAUAUAAUCAACUGGAGACGCGUUGACGGGCGCUAUUUUAGUUGAAAAACGUGGGUUUUUCGUAGUUCAAUGGCUCAAAUACAAGGUUCAUAAGUCUAUAAAAAAAGUGUCUGUCUACUUAUGUAUGCACGCAAGAAGUUAUACUUCUUUGGCUUAACAAAGCAAAAAUUCUUAAAGUUAUUUUUAUUCCUUGUGCUAUUCUACGUUUGUAGAAAGAACAAUAUUGUAAAAAUCUUGCAACGAUGGCUUUGAGAGUUAAUUAUGAACGUAUACGGCUGUACGGACUUGAAGCCUUUGCCUAUCCUAAUAAUAGACGAAGAAACCAAAAAAAAAACGAAUGUCACAAACGUUAGAAAAUUUUGGGAACCAACUUCACCCUGUUACCCUGUUAAUUUUUUCAUAACGUGCCUAAAGAAAUAUAACUUCAAAAAUAAAGCACCUUUUGCAAAUGCAACAAAAAAUUUACUGUUUAUAAUAGAGAUUCAACACUGCUCAAAAAACUCUCCUGUUGUUAAUGCGAUUAAUUGAUGCUUUAUUUUAGGAUGACCCAUGUUUCAAUUUGAAUAUCUUACUAUCUUUUUGUUAAAGGAAUAGAUUAAGUAUAAUUUUUACGUAUCUUUAUAUUUAUGACGUAUGAAGAGAAGAAAAUUGAGAGAAUAUCAGGCAGUCGUCUUGUAUUUUUGUUUAAUCUGUAAAUAUUUAUUCUUAAACACAUUUCAUUACGAGUUUGUCAGAACUUGUUUCACGACCAAUAUUUACGAUUUUAUCUGAAUUGUGUGUCACAGCAGUGUUGUUCAUGGCGUCUCCAUUUGGUAUUUUACUCUAAGCAGGAUAAUUAUUUUAAAAAAUUUACUAGUACUUUUUAAAGUAAAAGUGUUGGAUAUUAGUGUCUUUUUUAUCGACUUUUUCACGAAACAAGAGUCAGCCAUUUUAUGUUUUUUUUUUUGUAUUUAGAUCAAAUGUAAUGCUUUUGUAUUGAUGUGAUUUUAUAAGAUUUUGAUAUUAUGAUCUAGAAAAAUUUUGUGAAAAGAAUUUCCUAUGAUGGUUUUACCAUACACAAUACACGUAUGGUGAUGAAGUAUCAUUUGAAUCUUUAUAAAAGAAAUUAAAUAAACGUCUUUCAAGCUGGGUCAAUUUUUUAAAACACGACCCAAUUUUCAAGAGAUCUCGGAUUUUGAACUCCGUAUAUGACCGGCACAUGAGACAUUUUAUGAUCGUAUCCCAUUACGAUACGCUUUAGUUCGGUCUGUUGGGUUACGAUUCUGAUCACAGUGAUACUUAUGGGCAGAUGAUCAUGUGUUUGGACACACUUACAAAUAGACUGUGCUUCCCUGGGGCAUAAAAAGAAUAGGGAAGUUCCAGGCCCAAGGGUGUCGUAAGAGGCGACUAAGGGCUUUUAUUACUGGGAGGUUUCUUUGCACAGGAUGCCGGAUAGAUUAUGGGUACCACAACGGCGCCUUUUUCUGCCGUGAAGCAGUUAUGUGUAAGCAUUAUUGUGUUUCGGUCUGAAGGCCGCCGUAGCUAGUGAAAUUACUAAGCAAAUGAGACUUAACACCUUAUGUCUCAAGGAGACGACCGCAUUUGUAGUGUCCCUCAGUUUGGCGCGGCACUACAUUGUAAUGGGCAGGGCGUAUCGAUUACCACCAGCUGAACGUCCUGCUCUUCUCGUCCCUUAUUGUCAUAAAAAAGACACCGCUCAAGUUCCGUGCUGGGGUCAAUAUUAUAACCUGAGUCUAUUUCGGCUGCCGAUUUUUGCAAUUUUUACUCACGUGUAUUGUAAGAGCCAUUUAGAUUAAAUUCUCUCGUGUUUGUUAGUUUCUCCCAAACGGCCUAGGCGCUACAAUAUACAAUGUUGAAUUUAAUGAAAAUACAUUGCAGCUAUUCGCAAUAUACUAUAACUACUUAAAAUCAGUGAUUUUGAGACGGGCGUUACACUUAAUAAUUAUAAACUAAUUACAAUGUAUAAAGGUAGUACGUUCUGCUUAAUGAACGUGGUCACACGGUUCGAAUGCAGUUGAACAGACUCAACAAAUUCGAAGCGACAAAAAUUCGAAAAAAUCUUUCUACUUCUGUUGUUAGAUUGUUGAAUGUCAGCUUAUAUCAUUCUGAACGUCUGAAGUUGUCAACCCUACUCCUACGCUUCAGCGUUCAAUGUAUAAGUACACUAGGCAUACAUAAUAAUUUAUUUUAUACUUAUUUAAGUGUUGGUUUUAAAUAUGGACAAAGUCAACAACAAAACAGAAGUGGAUAUUCCAAUAUGGCGCAAUAGUGCGUUGUGACCACGUUCACUAUCACCCUUGUCACACUAUAUUUCAAUAAUAAUCUAGUGAAGUAUUUAUGAAAGAAAUAAAUGUGUGUAACUAAGGGUAUGUUCCGAUAUGCACUGCGCCAAUGUACAGUGUGACGUCAAUUUAGUAUACUGUGAAGCCGUUCCUUUAUAGCCAGUUGUAUUGGUUACUAUUUAAAACGGAACGUAACCCGUUUACUGUCAGCCGCAUUUUUGACGCGGCAUUCAAAUGAGUGUAUUAAAGUUUUCUAGUGCAUUAAAAACUUAAACUGUUGUUGGAGUACUGUCAAAUUAAAAAUAUACUUAAUUAAGACUUUAGGCACUCGAGUGGUUUUGACUGAUCACGUGAUCAAACUAGUACCUUACCUCGAAAACGCCAGUGCUCACAGUAGAAUAUGGCGGCAAUUUACGACGUCAUAUAUUUCCCUAGGGCACUGCGGCAGUAUACUGACAGUCCAUAACGGAACGAAUUUUUCUACAGUGAUAGCACUGUGCAGUUAACGCAGUGCAUAUCGGAACAUACCCUAAAUGUGGUCCAAUAUAUCCUUUAUAUUUGGAUGUCUUGUAUCUUAUUAUGUCAAACAAUAAUUUAUUGAAUAAAUGGUAGCUAAUGACCACAAUUUGUAAUAGUAGGCAUAUAGAUACAUACAUUAAAAAGCCAGUUUACGAAUAAGGCAAUGUAUUUACUUCAAACAAUUUUGUUUAUAAUUUCGGGUAUUUAAAAAAAUGUUUGUAUAUAGCUAAAUAAUUUAUACAUAAAAUAUUUAUUGAGUAGCUUUUUGUGGGCAUAUUGCAUAAUAAAAAGCGUUUGUAAUGUG